AUGAGAAAAUUAGGAAAAAAUAAAAGGGGAGAGAAGCCUGAAGAGGCAGAUGUCGAAGAACUCAAAUGGAACUCAGAUGUUGCAGAACUCAGAUGGAGAACUCAGAUGAAGAGGAGAAGAAGACUAACAAAGCUCAGGAGGAGAUCAAUGGCUGAGAAGGAGGUCGAGAUCUGUGGUGUGGCCACUGUUCGAGUUAGAUCUGGAAACAAUGGAGACGAAGAAGACGAAGGGCUGAAAUCUUUUUGAACCAGCCGGAGAAGACGAAGACAAAGACAAAAGGGCUGGUGUUGUUUUGAACCGGCCGGUUAUAGGAAUUUUCGGUUCACCAGUUCGAUUCCUUAAGUGGUCUAAUUAAAGAACCGGUCCAGUCCGGUUCUGAUAAACACUGCUUCUGAGG